AUGGGUAGGACACCCAAUCAUGAGCCUCCGGCGGCGAUAAAACCAAAUGAAGAGCUCACCGACGCGGACAGGCGCGAGAUGGCGGAGUUAGGCAUCGGCGAGGGCGCGUUUAACCGCAUCCUCACCUCCUGCAUCAAGUUCGCCUUCUCCAGCGGCUGGAGUGUGCGGAAGCGUGACGUCGAGUAUGACAUCCUGUGGGAGACGAAGCUCAGCGAGAACUGCAAUAAGCAGGCCAUGCGGUUCACCGCCCAUGUGCCGAACUGCAACACAGGUUCUCUAGAGGCCAUCUUAGUAGAUGACAAGAACUUUGACGACGAACCAAGUGUCAGCUGCAUGUACAAGUAUGAUAGGCUGCUGCUGCAGAACCACGUUCAGAAACGCAUCGCUGGCAACAUCACGGUGCAACGCAUGAAUUACCGAUCGCCGGUGCCCCUCGUGUCGCCUCGGCAGAUGGUCACCUACACCACCCUUGGGGCUCUUCUCACACCGGCGCAGCAGAAGGAGCUCGGGAUUCGUCCUACUGGGCUUAACAACGAGGCGGCCGACGCAGAUCGCACGGACAGCCUUAUGGCCUUCAUCCAAUGCGGCGUGGACUACACCGGAGAUGAAGUGGAACUAAAGAAAGGCAGCGAACUGGGCCAUGUGUACAACUACUCGGUGCUGGGGCUGGAGGAGCCAGACGGUUCCAUGACGGUGAUCAUGACAAUGGAUAUGGACCCUGCGGGCAGAUUACCGGCAAAAGUGGUGGACAUGGCCAGCGAUGAGCAGCACAAGAAGAUGCAGCUGAUCGUUGAAUUGCUGAAGGAAAAGGGCAAACAGCCACAUCUGUGCAGAGUCUACCAAAAUACGCGCGACUUUCCCUUCCGCGACGACUCCACCCAAUCGAAGGAAGGAGGAGAGUUGGGAUGA